CAGACACCCCUAAACCCCAGUCCACGGAUAGGGUUAUAAAACGCAGGGACAGGGUUUCGUCUCCCUGCGGUUUCUAAGCAAAAACGACACUCCAUUUCCGUUUCCUACGUCGGUGAAGGUUCAGAGAUUGGUUUUAGUUACCGGCGGUCUCUAAUUCGCUUGGUGCAGGUCGGGAACUGAUUGGCUAUGUCAUGUAAGUUGACGCCCCCUUGUUGUUUUUUUGGCCAGACCGCGGCGGCGGUGACUGGCGGAAGCGAAUUGGAUCCCGCCUUGCAUCAACUGAAUCGGAGACCGCGGUGAAGGUUGCAUGGAUCUAUCUAUUUUUUCUCUGUUUUGUUCAGAUCUCAGGUUGGAUUUUGGUUGAUUGCCGACUAUUUAUGAUUUGGCUCCAUAUCUAUUAGAUUUAGGAGUUCUUUUGUUCGAUUAGAUCGUUUUCUAUUGAUAUCUUGAAUCUUCUAAAUCAAUUAGUUGUUAUGAUAAUGAGAAGUGAAUUAGUUAUCGAUAGAUCUUGAUCUGGUGUUUCUGAUUGUAUCUUCUGAAAAUGACGAUAUUUUGAGCUGGCUAUGUUGGGAAAAUGGAUAGAUUGUGAUGAUAGAAAAAGCAAAUUUUUGUAUUUUGGAUUUUUUUUUUCGGCUAAAAACGUUGAUAUUCAAGAUUUGGAAUUCUGAUUCGUAUGUCUGGAUAUGGUAUAUGGGGAGAUCAUCAUUCUGAAAGUUGUGUUCUGUUUUGUUGGAGAAAAUUGAUUUCUGGAAAAUAAUAAUUAACAUGACUCGUGUUAGAGAUUGAUGAAGGUUACUCCUUUUUGUUUUCGGAAAAGAUCUAGCCUUUCCAAUUAUCUUAGGGUUAGAAAAGAUGGAAUAUAGUAGUUUUGCUAUUUUAACAACCUUUGAUAUAAAUUGAGAGAGUGGUAAUAUUAAUUAGCCACACGAACCAUAUAUAUAUAUGAUUCUUGUUUGGACAAUUUCAAUUGCAUGACAAGGUCUAUAUUUUUGGGUAAUUAUUAACUAUAGGAAGCUUUCUGUGGGAGGGAAUGCUUCUAGAUGUCAGUAGAAUACAAGUCAAAUUACCAUAUCUUUUUACUUUAUGUGUGGUGGUGUUGGUGGUGGGUAGCUUUCAAUUUGUCCAAGCUUUAAGUUGGUACAUGAAUUGCUUGAUUUUAGGGUUCGAGUCUUUGGGGGUUUUCCCUCCUUCAUUUGUUAUUAAUUUUAGUGUUUAAAUUGAAGUUGUCUAGAUCUAGAUCUGAUUGUGUCUCUAGAGCGUUCUCUUGGUUUGAAUGUUUCCCCCUUCUAGAAAUGUGUAUGUACCUUUUGCUUUUAAUUGUGGUGAAGGAGGCCAGCUCUGUACUUGCCUUUUCAUUUUUUUAAUGACCGUUUUCUUGUUGAAGUUGGAAAUUUAGAUGAAAUAAUGCGCCAACUGCCAACUGCCAAGCUGGGUUUUCUUUAGUUAGACUGGUUUUAAUAUGGUUGAUUUCUGAAACUGUUAAGACUGUCAUACUUUUCAGCACCUACAAUUCACCAGUUUAUUUGAUUUAACUUUGCUAACCGGCCAGUCUUGGUCUUUUUGGUUGUCACUUAACAUUUUUGAUAUUUGUAUUCUCUUUGCCAUCAUAAGUUCAUAUCAUUCGGGAUGAUUGGGCACUGUUAUCAGGUGUUCAUUGAGAGAGACAUGUUAUUGUGGGAAAUAUAGUUGAUACCUCUGG